AUGAGACAAGUGGACACGGCAUUGUAUUUUUAUGUUGCUUAUUUGGUUGGAAAGCGCAUCCGGCAAUUGACAAAACAUAGAAGUGAUAAAAUCAAGGCAGUGGCUUCUGAUGUGGCCGAGGGAGUUCAAGAGUCCAGUAUACCAAAUUCAGUUAAGGCUAUGAAGUCGGAUACUUCCUCUACUGUGAAAAAAGUUGAGAAUAUUGAAGUCCAAACUGCAGAGAAUGUUGCUGGGGAAUCCAUACAUGUCAAGAAAAAAUUUAAAGAAGAGAAGUCAAGAACUGAAGUGCGAAAACAAGCAUCAGAUCCCAUUGGUCCUCCCAAACUGACUUCCAUAAUUUAUUGCAAGGACUCGUUAAGGGACAAAAUACGGGAAAUGCUCGCAGAAGCCUUGUGCAAAGUCUCUAGUGAGGUCAAUGAUGAUUUAAGGGAUGAAGUAAAUGCAUCUGAUCCUUAUCGAGUUGCUAUCUUAGUGGAGACUGCAAUGUUUGAGAAGUGGGGUAAAUCAAAUGGUGCCCAGAAGUUCAAGUACAGGUCAGUAAUGUUCAACAUCAAGGACCAAAAUAACCCUGAUUUUCGGAGAAAAGUUCUCCUUGGACAUAUUGAGACACGUAGGAUUCUUGAAUUGACACCAGAAGAAAUGGCCAGUGACGAAAGGCAAAUGGAGAACGAAAAAAUUAAACAGAAAAAGUUGUUUGAAUGUGAACAGGGAGGGCCUCCCAAAGCGAGUACCAACGAAUUCACUUGUGGUAGGUGCAAGAAGAAGGAACGCACGUACUACCAGUUGCAGACUCGUAGUGCUGAUGAGCCUAUGACCACAUUUGUAACUUGUGUAAACUGUAAUAAUCGCUGGAACUUGCUGCCUGCAACUGCUUGCAGCAAGGCAGCUGCCUGCCUGCCUGAUGCAGGUAGGUUGCUAGCUGCCCACGGGCAAGUUGCAAGCUGCCUGCUUGCUACUUGCAACAACUUCCUGCAACAAGGAUGCUUGCUGCUCCUUAUUCAAAUUGGAAUCCUGGUUGGAUUUAGCCACUUGCCCGUGACCUGCAUUCACUACCCGCCUCCGCCUAGCACUGCCGUCCUUCAUCCUCCGUACAUUUAUUUCACAGAAGUAAAAAGUAACGAAAUGAGAGGGAGGAAGAAUCUCAAGAGGGCAGUUGAGGAAGAGACGGUGACUCUUCAACAGGACCAAAGUAUAAUGCAAGUUGUGGAUCUCAGGGGCUCCAAUCUUAUUGAGGUGAUGGAUGCAAAAGGCCAAAAAUCACUAGCAAUUUUUCCAGCAAAAUUCCAGAAAAGCAUGUGGAUUAAACGAGGGAACUUUGUUGUGGCCGACGAAAGUGGGAGAGAAGAGGCAGCCGAGUCUGGUAGAAAAGUUGGGUGCAUCAUUACGCAAGUACUCUACCAUGUACAAGUUCGUCUGCUUCAAAAAUCUCCAAACUGGCCAGAAGCUUUCAAAUCUACGCCCUUAGCUAACUCGAAGCUAGAUUCGCAAUCACAUACAUCCAAAUACGAUGAUUCUGAAAGUUUGACAGAUGAUGAUGGACUCCCACCAUUGGAAGCCAAUACAAACAGAAUAAAUCCUCUUCAGACGCAGUUGGAUACGGAUUCUGAAUCAGAUUCAGACUAG